GUCCCAGCGGAAGGACGACGGGGAAGCGGCGCCACCAAGAUGGCGGCGCUGAGGCGGCUGUUUCUAACCACUCAAAAUACAAGCCUGGUUGCUGUCAGAUGGGCUUCUAAGAAAAGUGGGGGCAGCUCCAAAAACCUCGGUGGCCGCAGCCCUGGGAAACGACACGGGUUCAAAAAAGUCGAAGGUGCAUUUGUCCACGCUGGAAACAUUUUGGCCACGCAGCGGUUGAUCCGCUGGCAUCCCGGCGCUCACGUGGGGAUGGGCCGGAACAAGACACUCUAUGCCCUGGAGGAUGGGAUUGUGAGAUACACCAAAGAGGUCUUCGUGCCCCCACCCCGCAGCAGCGAGAGCAGGGAUGUGAUCUGCCAGCUGCCCAAAGGAGCAGUCCUUUAUAAAACUUUUAUCAGUGUUGUCCCUUCCACAGAGGUAGGAAGCUUCAAACUCGUCACCAUGCUGUGAACCUUCUGUGCCAUGUGGGCACAGAUGGAAAGGACAGACCACUACAGCUACACUGGCAUCUGAGGACAAGAGUGGCUCUGAAGAUACCAUUUUAGGACUUGGUUUUGCUCCUGAAGUGUUUAUGAUCUGUGUUUCAGGCACUGAGAUCACCUGCUGGCAUUUUUAAGAAUGUUUAAUAAAUGCUGUGGGGCAGCUGAAGGUCUUGGCUGCUCAUGGAAUGUG